AUGCGAUCCACCUCAACAGACCUUCAGAAGCCACCCCGUGAUUCAGCUCCAAUCAAUCCACCACAUUUGCGAGGCGCACCACAUGUUGUCCAUUACAACGGUAGUAUGGGCCCGGCUGUGAACCCUUCAGCUCCUGCACCACCCGGCUCACAGCAAACAGUGGUCUGCAUGGUCAAGGCCCAUUUCCCCACCCAAAGAGGCUCCCAGAUUGACGGUAACCAGUCCCUCAAUACGCCUCCCACCACCGACCUCAACAGCGAACUGUUGGCCCCCAAAGUCCUGUCUGAAGACUCUGGCGCACUCACCGACAAUGAGCGCCCACCUCCACGCACCAUCCCCCGGGCCUCCCUACCACCCGUCCUUCUGACAUCCAUCCGAGUCGAUCAGCCUGCUGAGCUCCUCUCCAACCAUCCUGGCCUCUCUGAUCCCAAGGCUGCUGAUCACUUGUCCUGA